AUGCCCAAGUUCUUCUGUGACUACUGCGAUGUCUACCUGACCCACGACUCUAUGAGCGUGCGAAAGGCGCACAACAGCGGUCGAAACCACCUGCGCAACGUCGUCGACUACUACCAACAAAUCGGCCACGAAAAAGCGCAGUCCGUCAUUGACUCCAUCACCUCAUCAUACGCUGCCGAAGGCCAGGCACACAACAACCCUAUGCUGCCGCAAAACCAGCCGGGGCAGGCCUUCCCGCCCCCCUUCCCCUUCCCCGGAGGUAUCCCGCCCCCAUUCCCCGGCAUGCCCGCCGGCGCGCCUCCUUUCCCACAGGGCAUGAUCCCACCUCCUGGUCCAGGCGGCCGCGGAAUGCCACCCAUGCCCCCCUUCGCCCCGGGCCCCAACGGCUCGCCCAUGCCUCCUGGCGGUCUCCCCUUUCCUCCGCCAGGUGGCCUCCCGGCCGGCUUGCCGUUUCCCCCUCCCGGCGCACCGGGUGGCCUUCCACCCAACUUCCAGUUCCCUGGCAUGCCGCCGCCAGGUGCUGGCGGAUUCCCGCCCGGUCCCCCUGGGCCGUUCCCCCCUGGUGGUGGACCCCCGGGACGUGACCAGCGGUAA